AUGGCAUUCAAGCUAUCCCGUGUUCAACGGCUCAGCGCCGUGAUCGGCAUUUCACUCUGCUUCUUCAUAGCCGAGAUCUCUAUUGGAUUUUACACUCACUCUCUCGCCUUGGUCGCCGAUGCUUUCCACUAUUUGAAUGAUCUUGUGGGAUUUGCAAUCGCUCUUGCUGCCGCAAUAGUUGCUGAAAAAAGUACUCCGCCGAAAAGUCUCACAUUUGGUUGGCAGCGGAUCCAGCUUCUCGGCGCAUUUUUCAAUGGAGUGCUAUUAUUUGGAUUGGGAAUCAGUGUGUUUUUGCAAUCUAUCGAACGAUUCAUCACACUGCAGCGUAUCGAAGAACCAAAGCUCGUCCUGAUCAUGGGUUGUGUUGGAUUUGGUUUGAAUAUCAUUAGCGUGUUGUUCUUACAUGAUCAUGAUCACGACCAUGGACAUGGACACGAGUCAAACGACCCCAGCCACAGUCAUGGUGAAAGUAAUGAUAAUCCCGAGAAUGCAAUGUCCAUUGGUCUCGUGGAAGAAAAGCAUGUGCACCACAAGCAUCACACAGACACAAAUAAGCCAUCGUCUCGCAAAAGUCGAGAUCUAGCCAUGAUGGGCGUUCUGAUUCAUGUACUCGGCGACUGUGCCAACAACAUCGGCGUUGUUAUUGCAACAGCAGUGAUCUGGUUCGCUAGCUACGGUGGGAGAUUCUACGCCGAUCCCGCCGUGAGCAUGGGCAUCGCGAUCAUGAUCUUCAUUUCUUCCAUUCCACUCAUUAAACAAUCAGGUCUUAUUCUUCUUCAAAGCGCACCACAGGAUGUCGAUUAUGAUGACGUGAAACACGAGCUAGAAAAGAUUCCCGGUAUCCUGGCCAUUCACGAACUCCACAUCUGGCGUUUGAACCAGACAAAGUCGCUUGCAUCUGCACAUGUCGUCUUGGAUGGCGAUAUGCCCGAUUUUGAGAGCUUGGCUAAGACUAUCCGGGAAUGCUUCCACGAAUACGGGAUCCAUUCUAUUACAUUGCAGCCGGAGGCAUAUACUCGACAGGAAACUCCUAGUCCGGCCGCAGCUGAGAGCUGUAUUGGAGUUGAUACUAAGAAAGAUGUCGAAGGUGGGAAGAAAAGGUUUAGUAUUGAGAGUAUCUCAAAUCGUUGUACAUCUGGUUGUGGGAGCUUUUGUCUUGAGCUUUCAUGUUGCCGUUGA